CCACCCGGCACAGUGUGCUGGUCGCCCGGGAUUGCAGGGAGAAGAGGGGACUGUGUCCUCCUCCCCCCCCCCCCCCCCUCGCCGCAGGAACCGGCGACUGGAUGCGGGAGUGCUGGGGCUUCGGUGCCUUCCACCCCCCCAACACUCUUCAUAGAUGAGUUCAGUGCAGAGAUUUAGAAAGGCGGGGCGCCUUCUGUGUCCUCUAAUUAAGCCGGCUAAGUAAUUGCUCCAGCGCCUUCCAGCCCCAUCUCAGCUUCCCGUGCGCAUUCCCGCCGGAAAUCCAAACUGCCAUUCAAUGGAGGGGGGGGGGAGUGGGGGAGAGCAGAGGGAGGCGGCGGUAUCACCGCAUUUGUGAGGAUGCCCCCCACCCCCUUCUAAGAAAGAUAGCCCUUUUUCAGACAGCCCUAGGGGCGGCCUUCGUGGUGCGAACCGCAUACUGCCUGAGCCUUAGAGCUUCGUAGGCACGAAGACCUGACUCAGUGUGAAAUAGAGCUUUGGGGGAAUGGUCUGAGUGUUACAUGUGUCUGAUGUGUAAUGGCCUGAGUGUUGCAUGUGUCUGCGAGUUUGUAAUCUAUUGGGUGUGGAAGAUGAUAAGAUGGAGCAGCUAUCAGAUGAAGAAAUUGAUCAUGGUGCUGAAGAAGACAGUGAUAAGGAGGAUCAAGACCUGGACAAAAUGUUUGGAGCAUGGCUUGGGGAGCUAGACAAACUAACUCAGAGUUUGGAUUCUGACAAGCCUACAGAACCAGUAAAAAGGUCUCCUCUUCGCCAGGAAACAAACAUGGCCAAUUUUUCUUACCGAUUCUCCAUAUACAACUUGAAUGAAGCUCUGAAUCAGGGAGAGACGGUGGAUCUGGAUGCUCUGAUGGCCGAUCUUUGCUCUAUUGAGCAGGAGCUAAGCAGUAUUGGUUCAGGAAGUAGUAAGCGUCAAGUCACAGAAUUGAAAAGUACUCAGAAAUUACCUGCCAGCCGACAUACCUCCAAACACGGCACAUUGAAAGGAUUAUCUUCUUCAUCUAAUAGGAUACCUAAGCCUUCCCAUGCUAACUACUCCCUGGAUGACAUCACUGCACAAUUAGAACAGGCUUCCUUGAGCAUGGACGAGGCUGCCCAGCAAUCUGUACUAGAAGACCCUAAGCCCUUAGGAACUAAUCAGCACAGAAGAACAGCCUCAGCAGGCACAGUGAGUGAUGCUGAAGUUCGCUCUAUUAGUAACUCCUCUCGUUCUAGCAUGACUUCUGCAGCCUCCAGCAUGGAUUCUUUGGAUAUUGAUAAAGUGACUCGCCCUCAAGAACUAGAUUUGACCUAUCAGGGACAGCCAAUUACUGAGCAUGCUAUUUCUCUGAGAUGUCCCAGCAAGCAGGCCAAGCACCACCAUACUGACUUCACAGAAGAACAGGCUGAGCUGACACCUCACUCCUAUCUGGACAGGGAAACCUCCCUUCUUCUGAGAAACAUUGCAGGAAAACCUUCUCAUUUGCUGACCAAGGAAGAACAGGCAGCAAAAUUGAAAGCUGAGAAGAUCAGAGUUGCUCUGGAGAAAAUUAAAGAGGCACAAGUGAAAAAGCUAGUGAUUAGAGUCCAUAUGUCUGAUGAUAGUUCUAAAACAAUGAUGGUGGAUGAGAGGCAGACCGUGAGACAAGUGCUGGAUAACCUGAUGGACAAAUCCCACUGUGGUUACAGUUUAGAUUGGUCACUAGUGGAAACCAUUUCUGAGUUACAAAUGGAGAGAAUCUUCGAAGACCAUGAAAACUUGGUUGAAAAUCUUCUCAAUUGGACAAGAGAUAGCCAAAACAAGCUUAUAUUUAUGGAGCGCAUAGAAAAAUACGCACUUUUCAAAAACCCACAGAAUUACCUUCUAGGAAAAAAGGAAACAGUUGAGAUGGCCGAUAGAAAUAAAGAAGUGCUAUUAGAGGAAUGUUUUUGUGGAAGUUCUGUAACUGUACCAGAAAUUGAAGGAGUCCUUUGGUUGAAAGAUGAUGGCAAAAAGUCUUGGAAGAAGCGUUACUUUCUCUUGCGAGCAUCUGGUAUCUACUAUGUCCCUAAAGGAAAAGCAAAGGUGUCUCGGGAUCUGGUGUGCUUUCUCCAGCUGGAUCAUGUCAAUGUUUAUUAUGGUCAGGACUAUCGGAACAAAUACAAAGCUCCUACAGACUAUUGCCUGGUGCUCAAGCACCCUCAGAUUCAGAAAAAAUCUCAGUAUAUCAAAUAUCUUUGUUGUGACGAUGUGCGGACGCUGCAUCAGUGGGUCAACGGGAUCCGCAUUGCAAAGUAUGGGAAGCAACUCUACAUGAACUAUCAAGAAGCCUGGAAGAGGACGGAGUCAGCCUAUGACUGGACUUCUUUAUCCAGUUCCAGCAUUAAGUCAGGAUCCAGCUCUUCCAGCAUCCCAGAGUCUCAGUCCAAUCACUCCAAUCAGUCUGACAGUGGAGUUUCUGAUACACAACCAGCAGGACACAUCCGUUCACAGAGCAUCGUGAGCUCCAUCUUCUCCGAGGCCUGGAAGCGAGGCACUCAGUUGGAGGAGUCCAGCAAGGCCAGAAUGGAAUCAAUGAAUCGACCCUACACAUCACUUAUGCCCCCUCUGUCCCCACAAACUAAGAUCGUCGCCCCUUACACGGCUUCGCAGCCUUCACCCCCACUGCCUCCCCCUCCGCCCCCGCCCCCGCCACCCCCACCACCCCCUCCCCCGCCCCCGCCGCCCCUCCCCAGCCAGUCGGCGCCCUCGGCCGGCCCCUCGGCCACCAUGUUUGUCAAGUACAGCACCAUCGCCCGGCUGCAGAGCCAGGCCGCUCACAACUCAGGAGCCCUAUUCAAGGCGCCACCGCCCAUGGCCACGCAGCCACAGCCGGCCAAGCCCCAGAUCCCGGUGCCCCCCAACGGAGUUGUCCCCCCGCCCCCUCCUCCCCCGCCACCCCCAACCCCCGGCUCCGCCAUGGCCCAGUUGAAGCCAGCGCCCUGCGCCCCUUCCCUGCCACCGUUCAGCCCCUCACCGCCUCCCCUGAAGAUCCAUCAAGUCCAGCUGGGCCCCCAGGCGGCUCCCCCCACCCCUCCCCCUGCGCCCCCCGUUCCCGCGGCCGUCCCCCCGCAAGCGCCCCCCAAGCCUCUCCCCCCACCGGUCAGUGCCAAGGGCGCGCCGCCAGCGCCCCCGGUGAAGAAGCAGCCGGCGUUCCCCGCGCCCCACAUGCCGGCCGCGGCCCCGGGGCCCCCGGCCACGCUCCCCAAGCAGCAGAGCUUCAGCGCCAAGCCGCCGCCCUCGCCGCUGGCCCCCGCACCCGCACCCUCGGUGGUGCGGCAGAUGGCCAGCCAGUUCCCGCCGCCCCCCGCCGAGCCCAGGACGGCCGCAGCCCCGCAGUCCCCGCCCGCCGUGAAGGCCAAGCCCAAGUGGCAGCCCAGCUCCGCGCCCGGCCCGUCCCCCGACUUCCCCCCGCCGCCCCCGGAGAGCAGCCUGGCCUUCCCCCCGCCGCCGCCGCCGCCGCCGCCGCCCGCGCCCGCCCCGGACAAGGGCGGGUCCCCCGGCAAGAAGCCGGGCAAGAUGUCCAGCCCCGGGGCCAAGAAGCCGCCGCCCACCCCGCAGCGCAACUCCAGCAUGAAGGCGGCCGAGCCGCCCGAGCCCAAGAGGCCGUCGGUGGACAGCCUGGUGAGCAGGUUCGCGCCGCCCGCCGAGUCGGGCUCCCCCGGCAAGGAGGCCGCGCCGCCCGCCGCGCCCCCGAAGCCCGCCAAGCUGCACCUGUCCGGCGUGCACCUCCCGGGCGUCGCCCCGCCGCCCAAGGCGCCCGGCGGCCGCGCCAGGGACCCCGUGGUGGAAUUCCCGUCCCCGCCGUCCGACUCCGAUUUCCCGCCCCCGCCGCCCGAGACCGAGCUCCCGCUGCCCCCCAUCGAGAUCCCCGCCGUCUUCGCAGGGAGCACGUCUCCCCGCGUGGCCGUGGUCAACCCGCAGCCGCAGCCGCAGCCGCAGACCUGGGCCAAGGCGGCGGCCAAGAAGGCGCCGCCGCCCACGCGGCCCAAGCGCAACGACAGCACGCGCCUCACGCACGCCGAGGCGCCCGAGCCCGCGCCGCCCGCGCCCACCUCCCCCAAGGCCGGCCUCAGCGUGCAGCCCGGCUUCCUGGCCGACCUCAACCGGACCCUGCAGCGCAAGUCCAUCACCCGACACGGCUCGCUCUCCUCCGCCCGCCUGUCCAGGGCGGAGCCCACGGCCACCAUGGACGACAUGGCGCUGCCCCCCGCCGCCCCCCGAGCUGCUCUCCGACCCCCAGAAGGCGGCUUUCGGGGGCAGCCACAUUUCAGGCUAUGCAACGUUGCGGAGGGGACCCCCACCCGCGCCCCCCAAGAGAGACCAGAACACCAAGCUCUCCAGAGACUGGUAGCCGCCCCAAAGCUCGCCGUGCUCUCUGUAACCCGCGCUACAAUCAGCUCCCGAGCGUCUGCGAAGGCAGGUGCCCCGAGCCCCCUGCUAUGGUGAUGUUCAUUCAGGUAGUGUCCACCUGUGUGUGUGCACACGAGCGUGUACGCCGCUAUACAGAUGUGUGUAUAUAUGUAUACAUCUAUGUGUGUAUAGAGAGACAGAACUGAGAGUGGUUCUAUUUAUUCCUUUCCUCUCCUAAUACGAAAAUGGGCUUUGUGUAUUGGGGGUGGAAGAGAUAGAAGGGGCUAUGUGUUUCAGUCUCAGUUUCUUUUGUCUAUUAUCACGUGGAUUGGACCAAAAAAAAAAAACACCUUCUAAUUACUAUUAGAAGGCAUUUUCUAAGUGUCUGUCCAUGUGCAACUUAUUUGUGCAUGUUGUUAUAUAAUUAAGAAAUAGAUGCAUAAUGUGCUUUUUCUCAGUUGGAGAAAACCACCAGAAUGUUUGGUAUAUUUGUAUUUUUCUUUUCCCCCAGUUGGUUGGAGUUAGAACUUGACUGCGAUUUUUAAUGCUAUUCUAUACAUUAAGGGGCACUUUAAAUCAGGAAAAUCUCUCAGCGUCAUAGAACGGGUAACGAGUACAGAAGGGGGAAAUAUUCAUAUUGUAUGUGGCUGUACAUAGAAAAUAAAUCCAUGGUGUAAUGAACUGUUUUAGUUGCGGUAUUGCAAUGAUGCCAUUCACGUCUAGGAUGUGUUAACAGGUAAGCUCUCUGCCUACAACUCAUGGGAAUUCCGAUACUGUUCUUCUGAGUACUUUCUCUGGAGUCCUGUUUUAUAAAGCUUCAUCACCUUGGCUUCAUGACCUCUGAUACGUUGUAAGAAGAUCCAUUGAGGUAUCACUGUACUAGGACGCUCUUCUUGUAUACGUCUUUAGAUCACAGUUCUUCCUUAGUGUGCUGUAAUUUACAGGUAGAUGUUGAUACUAUGGACAAUCAGUAUAUGAAAUAUACAUGUGUGGUGCGUCAUUAGGAAAACAAAGUCAGCUCUUCCAGUGCCUGUCUUUUUUUGUACAUUUCUCUCCAGGACGCAAGUAAGAAGACAAAAAUCCUGGGCCUGGUAAGUGUCACUCACUCAGGUUGUUUCUGGGUUAUAUACAGUAUGUAAUACCAUGGAAAGAAAGAAAAUUAAAUGAGGCUUUUGAUAAUUUUAUCAAGGCUACUACUAAAACCUUGGCUGGUUGUAGACGUGACCAGGUUACUAGUGGUUCUGAUGGCAGCAGAGUGCAGUAAGUGGCAUCACAUUCUGCAUGUGGAAUCUGCUCUGAUGACACACUAUACUUCUACAUUACAUGCUUUCAUUUUGUGACUUUUCCUUGAUAUGUAUUGUCUUGUUCACCUAUGAUAGUAAUUGUUAGGAAUAAAAUACAGUCUUGUAUCUGCUUUUAAGCAAGAGAAUGAAAGCUGACCGUCCUGGCAGUCCUGGCAAUGAAAGGCUACCUGUAGAGAUCUUAGGUACUUCCCCAAGAACUGAUGCUAGUGGACUUGAGCAAAGAUGGUAAAUUAUUAGAGAAUAAUGCCAUGUACUAUGUAUGCAAGGUUAUGAGCACAAUCACCCCCAGCCAAGAACUGAUCGUAGAUGAAAAGGCACCUCUCCAUUGCCACAUCUCAGAGACAAACUCAGCUGUCUGAUGGUUAUGGAGCAUUAAGAAAUAUAUACCAUUGUGAACUUCAAAAAAAGAAAAUCUUUGAUUCUUUGAAAGUUAUUUUAGGAGAUGAUUUGUUGAGUUUCGUUAGGCUUCAAUAGGCUUAGAGAGUGACCUUUAACAUAUCUGCAUUGUGACUAAAUGCACAGGAACUUGAGUAACCUUAGUACAAAUUGCCAAACUCCACCGGACUCGAAUUCAUUUCCCAGCUUUCUACCCUGAUGCUUUAUAUUUUAAUGAGCCUCCCCUAUUUGUAAGGUAGACUUAAAAUAUGGACCUACUUUUCUAAAUGUUUCAUCUUUUGGGAGUUCUGAGGCUUUUUUAAUCGGUGUUUUUUAAAUUAUUUUUAAUGAAAGUAUACAGGUAUAAUUUUCUUUUAAGGAGAACAGUAAUGUGCUAUUUUUUUGGUUUAUAUCAGACCUCUAUACUGAUAGCCACGUGAUUUCUUGGUUUUUCUUGUAUUCAUCCUGAACCCCUGAUGCUGGCGUAUUUUCUUGGAGCAGACAUCUUUGAACACUAGUGUUGCCAAAAGAGCCAGGCCAGACAGGGACCAAGUCAUUUCUGGCCCCAGUCCAGUGGUUUGACAAUAGGCUGUUUCUAUGUAUUUCUCCAGUGAUGGGAAUUAAAAAAAAAAAAGUGAUACAAUGGUAUCAGGAGAGCCCAAAGUAACAUUGCAGCUUUAGUUUGGGGUUCAGUUGGGGUGUGGUGAUGGUUUCUCUGAGAUUACUUGGUAGUUUCAUCGCUUUCCUUUUUCACUGGAGUGUGAAUGUCACCUACUGCCUGCCACACAACAUUGGGCCCGUGCCUUCUUUCACUGCCUCCUGCUCUGUUGUUCCAGCCCACACAGCUUCCUCCGCCAGCAGAGAACAAACAUCUGGAGCGCUCACUUGGUUUUGACCAGUGAGUACUGUGGGUAAGCCCAGAGUGCUAUUGAGGGCAGUGCAAAUGGGUGCUGGGGGGGAGGGGGUGAUUUGUGUAAUUAGUUACACUCCUAAUUUUGGUUAUAACUUCAGAAUUGGAAGGACAGUACAUCACUUACUGCUUAGUAAGGUUCACACACAGGAUACCUUUAAACAUCAGACUAUUCUGUAUUGAAUUUUACCAGCUUGGUCUUUACUACUCAAAAGACUUUAAAAUACAUGUUUUUUCUUAGAUAUAUAAUUCUCACUUGGGGAGAAAACACUUUUUUUAGAUACCCAAUUUAACUGUAAGCAAGCUUUUUAAAAAAUGAUAGGCAGAAUCUUAUGAAGACAAGUGUCUGUAACGUUUAAGGUAUUUUCAAACAAAGCACUGCUUCACAGUCCUUGGGCAUCAAGGUGCUCCUGCCCACUGAGGCUUUAUUUUGCAGAAGUCUGGCAGCUGUGUGGGGUCCCCUCUCUGUCUACCUAGUUGCUGUACAUAAUGCUGAGCUUAUCAGGCAAAUUACAAUUGAGAAGUCUUCCGAGAGAAUGACAAUUCUAAGAUCAAAGUUAAUUGCAGGAACUGGAGAUCCAGUUUGAGUUUCAGAUGCUGCAGCUAUUCUGGUAUCCUUGUGUCAAGGAUGUAAAAUGAUAAUUUAUUCUGCAACAAGUUUCAUGUAAUGGUGUGGAUUGGUCUUAUCCCACUUCCAACAGAAGCCUCUGUCACCUUUAUUCCCCAGCUAAAACCAAUUUUAUGUUACAAACACAAGGCACCUUUUAAGUAAAACCCAUCCCUUCUUUAUACAUGACCACACUUCUUCCCCACCCAUAACUUCUGAGCUAAUGUAAGUGCUCUGAUCACAUAGAUUUCCCCCAUGGCCCGGUGCGACUUACCCGCGAUGAUGUGCUUUCCAUAGGAUAGGCAUAAUAACUUAGGUCUAUACAUUUGACAAAGUAUGACUUUCUUUAAAAAAAAAAAAAAACCCUUUCAGUUGUAAAUAGCUUUUGGCACUUUCAGGUUUUUUGGGUGGUUUAUUUUUUUUUUUUUUUGCUUAUUUACCUUUAUAUCAUUUGUAUAAAACAUAGUAUCCCUAAUCUGCGAAACCUGCGAAAUCUGACUGAAAGAGACUUAUGCAAGUAGAACAGAAUUAUAUAGCUCACUAUCUUUUAAGGUGUUUCCUUUUAAAUCCAUUAGCAUUUCUACAUCUUGACCACUCUAACCCUCAAAAA